UAUGAUAGAAGAAAUUUUUCCAAUAGGUUCAUCUUAUCGUAAUCUGCAUCUCUCCCUUUCUUCCUCUUUAAACAAGGAUUAAUGAUCCUCCGCCCUGCCCUUCAAGAGACUUCAAUUCCUUGUUCAUGCCAUCUUCCAGUAAUAUGUGGGGUGCAUACCGUAGAAUGCAAGUGAGAUCGCUGUGAGAAAGAGUUCUGUAGUCAGUCUUUUUUUUUUUUGGGCCCUGAUUCUUUUUCGGGAGCGCGUUCUUAUAUUUGUAAUGCAGCACGGUAGCUCAUUUCAGUUCAGUUAAUUCAGGUAACGUUUGGAUGGCGAGCGUACUUUUUUUCCUCCUUCCCCCCUUUCCACCCGGCCCACCGGAAAGUUCUAGAGGGGUCCCUGCAUGAGGUUUUUUUAUUUUUAUUUUUUUUAGUUCGGUCCCUUCAUUUUUUUGGUUGACCCCAUCGGCUCCCUCUCGGCCUGACCUGUUCUCUUCUUCAUCGUCAUUUUCAUUCCCUCCUUCACACCCAUCGCCAAUUUCGGUAUCAUACGGUAUCCCACCCCUGCCCGGUUUGCUUUUUCGCGGCAAGGAACUAAACAUUCAGCCUUCCCCCCACUCAACUGGUCGGCAAGCGGGAUCACCCGCCGAAUAGAAUGGGCACCGUAAAUGUAGAGCCUGGUCGGUUAUUAAAGGUCAGUUACGAGUACGGUACCGUAGCUGGACCAGUUGAAUUGGUUGGCUGCCUGACUGAGUGGCUAUCGGUCUGUCGUAUGCAUGUCCGGCCAGAAGAGCCACGGCAAAAGGAAAUGGUCAAAAAGUAAAUAAUAACAAAAAGUUUGAGAGAGAAAGAGGCGGUGGAACAGCUAAGCACAGCCCGACUGUGCUUCUCCGGCACCGGUAAUCCCAUACGGUGGUAGGAGAGAGAGAUGGCGAAAAAAACUGAUGGGAGGGAUGAGGCGAAUUGUGCUUGCCUAUUUUUUGUUUUUUCCCAAUAGAAAAGAGAAAAACUCCAACGCCGCCUCAUUCGUUCUCAACCAUCCUGCGUGUUGUGUCGGUAUCGAUAGUCUAAUGAAGGUCGGGAUUGUAAUUGGGCCAUCCGGCUCAUCUCAGCAAGGAAGAAGAAAAAAAAGGUCCCUCCGUUUUCUUUGCUGUUGCAUUCCGUCUGUGCUGUAGUCUAAUUGAGGAGUCCUCUCCCUCUCUUCAACCCCACAAUUGUAUGGCAGGAAGCCCCAAAUGCAAGGAAACAACCACGAGGGAAAGCAGAAGGGAAGGAAGGAUGUACCCUGCUGUACCCGAGACCUAGACACACAGUCGAGGAUGAAGAGAAGAAAAAGUAGGAACCCCGGGUCAUAGCCGCGCCAGCCAAACUGAUACAGUACCGGUAUCCCAUCCCAGAGUUCAACUCAAUUCAUUCCAUUUCAAUCUAGAUCGUCCAUUCCCUCCCCCCUGGAUGCCGGACUACCUACCGACAUUCGUGUGUGUACGAGUACAGUAUUCGAGUAAGCACUGGAUCGAAGUAGGUGUGGUGUGGGGAUGGCGAACGAGGAGAGGGGGGAAUAGGUACCUUGUGAGUGUUCCGCUAUAGAAUAAAGAUGAUAAUCUACAAACGGUCGACAUGGAAAUUUGAAUCUCCACCAAACCAUCAAAAGGGGAAACAAAGGGGGGGGGCAGUGGAGGCGGAGGGGGUGAGAUAUAGGGUUAGGCGCACUCCUACAAGUAUGGGCGGCAUGGAAAACGGAAACGGAAGGGGGGAAUGGGAAUGGGAAUGGGAAUAGGAAAGGUACGAUUUGCGCUGGAACAAUACGGCACGCAUGUAGGGAUGGGGCGAGCAAGCCGGCGGUUUUAUGAAUCAAAAAGGGAAACUUUCCCAAACAAGAGAAAAGAGGGAUGGGAGGGGAAGAGAUGAGGAGGGAAGAAAGCGAGUGCAGGCAAUUUAGGAAUAUCCUAUCAUAUCAUGGACUUUUUUUUUUUCCUUGCAUCGUGACUUGGAACUAGAAACAAACUAUCCUCCCGUUCCCCCGCUGCAGGAUCCUGACCGUAUUAGAUCCCGUGUCGUGGUGCCGUACAGUGGUUCUAACGUUAAGGAAACACUUUCCUCACAAAUUUACAAUCCGAGGCGGAAGAAAAAAGGGAAGGAUCGUGAAAUCUCCCGGGAUUUGUCUAGUUCGAACUCAAAUCUUGGAACCUUUUUCUUUUGUGUGGGUGCGUGUGUGGAUGUUGACCGUUUCUCCGCUGCGCAUCCCCCCUGGUUUGCCAAUUGCGCUUCUUUCGUUUCCACAUACCGUAUCGUAACUCUGCUCCAACCCCCGGUAUACAAAAAAGCAAGCAUGAAGCAUUUCCUUUCUUUCCUUUUUUCUCCCCGUCCUUCGUUUUUCCAAACUCUCCAUUAACCCAUCGGAAAUAGGGUGCGUACGACUCGAGGACCGUACUCGAGUACCGUACUGUACUCAUUCCAGAUACAUGACAUUAAUAAAUUUAUUCCCGGGAUUCACGCUCCGCAUUGUGUGCGACAACCACUGCAGGCCGGAAGUAUACCGGUAACGCGGGGUGUUGUGAGCGAGCACGGACGAGUGGGCGUCAGAUGACUGAAGUGAUAUGUGGCGGUGCGACUCAUUCCCACCUUUGCUCGGUCACGCUGAGGGCACCGUACAGACCUCCACCUCACUUCCUCCCCAACUUACCGGUACUGUGCCCCAGAGAAAAAAUCGUAGCCUGUGGGGUUUUUGUUGGGGGGGGAGGGGCAAGGCAGAAGAUGAAGGAAAAGGAAAGGGAAGGAAGGCAAUAUCAUACCAAUAAUCCGAAAAGGGUACAAGUACCUCCAACACUGGUAUCCAGUCAAAAAGGAACAUGAAAUUCCCCAAGGCAAAGUUACGUAAGGAUUCCACGAAACCUAAAGCACCCGGAGGAAGUAUGACAUGCGACAGCGAGGAAAUGGGCUCUCGCCACAAAUCGUCAGUCGAUCGGCUGGUUUCUAUUCCCCUCCCCCCCCCCCGAGGUAACACACAGUGUCAUACCGACGUUCGAUAGUCAGCUCUAUAUCAAAUCGGUGCAUUCCAUUAUCGUUCGUCAAUGGCGAGAAUUUUUUUACUCCCGUAACAGAAAAUAGAAGAAAGAAAAAAAAGAGUAGCGUGAUGAUGAUGUCUUCCCCCCCACCACCACCACCCCCGUGUCUUCCCGAGAGGACGAAUUGGGUUUCGUACUUUCCGACGGCGACAAUUAUUGGAAGAAGCAAAGAAAGUGAAUGGAAGGAGAAGGGAAAGAAGAGAAAAGAAAAGAAGGGGUUGCCUCAAAACCGCCCAAUCAAUUCUCUAGCGGUGUACUGUAUUGCGGGCGUUUAAGUAUC